AUGCAUGGCCGAGUAAAGAGUGAGCAGAAGGAGCUUACGGAGGAAGAAAAGCAAUAUAUAAUUAGAGCAAAACAGCUUUUUGAUGAAUGUGUAGAGUUGAUUAAUGAAGAUAAGAAAAAAGGAAUCUUCUCAACAAAAACUUUGGAAUUAACAGAAAAGAUUUUGACGAUUAACUCGGAGGUAGCAACUAUGUGGAAUUUCAGAAAAGGCUACAUAGUUUCUGAACAAAAUAAUAUAGAAAUCAUAGAUGACAUACUGAACAAAGAAUUAGCAUUUACAGAAAGUUUGUUCAAGAACGACCCCAAGUCAUAUAACCUUUGGUCGAAUAGAGCUUGGUUACUUGAGUUUAUUGUAAAUUUUAAGGAGGCAGACCAAAUUCUUCUUAAGGUUAUGGAAGAUUACUUAAAGAAUAUCUCAAAUUUUGAGAGCUUGAAUUACAUACAAUCGUUUAAAGAAUCUUUAGCUAAAUAUAACAAUUUUAAGUUAAAACUGCUUAUAAAUGAACUUGAGCUUUGCAAUAAGUUAUUUGAGAUAGAUGAUCGUAAUUUUCACUGUUGGAGACAUCGUUCAUUCGUGCUCUGUUGUUUAAGAUAUGUUUCUGCUACUCUUUCGUGGAACAACUUUCUACAAGAAAUGCAGUCCCAGGAGUUGGAUUUUCUCAAUAGAAUGAUAGAGACUAAUUUUUCAAACUAUUCAGCCUGGCAUCAUAGGAUUUUGCUUGCUUUUGGCCAUAAAUUCAACAGCUUAGAAGACUUUAAAAGAGAAGCAGAGUUAGUCUAUACAGCAAUUUACACAGAGCCAAAUGAUCAAAGUAUUUGGCAAUAUUACUUUUGGCUAAUUGGCGACUUUCUACCAAAGAUACUUUUUAGAGAUGAACAACUAGAAGUGAAUCCAUCAUUUUAUAUCAAAGAUUUACAAGUUAAAUUUCCUGACAAUAUAGAUAAAGAUGACAAAAUAGAAAUUCUGUUCAAAUUUUCACUAGCUUGUCUCAUUAACAGUUGCAAUUCAAGCCUAUCUAUAGAGUCUGAAAAUGGAUCCAAAGUAACUCUUGAAAAAGGGAGUUGGGAACCUCUUUACGAGGAUUAUGCAACUACCUUUGGCUUUUUUAACUCUAAACUACCUUCUGACUUUGAUGUGGAACGGAAAAAACGAACACCACUCUGGAGGUAUUCUUUAUCUUUGAAAGAAAACUUUGGGAAUGAAAUUAAAUCUAUUGCUAAUUCAUUAAGUAAUUCACCAUCAUUCUUUCUAGUAGUGUCAGCCGCACAUUCUGAUACAGUCUACGCAAACACUCCAACCUGGAAUUUGAAUGAUCAAGAAUUUAACAACGAAGCAUUUUCCUCACUCAGAAUUAACCCUACAUUAGAGUUGGACGUAUACAAAUCCUACAGUUUUUAUUCGCGUGCUAAUGGAAGCAAUUCUACCUGUAAGUAUUACUUUCACUCGGACUCCUCGAAAUCCCAGCUUAAAGAAUUACUUGAAAUCCUCCAAAACGAAUUUGACUUUCUAAAAAACAUACAAGAACUAGAGCCAAAGUGUAAAUAUCCUAUAAUAGCACUUAAGUUUGUAAAUGAUAUCUAUCACCUGUGCUCCCCACAAGAGUUAGUGGAGAAUGAAAAAAUAAGGGUGGACCCAGAAAUGAUAAAACUGUUACCAUCCAUAGAUCCUCUAAGAAGAUUAUACUAUAAUGAAAAGUUCAAUAUUGCACAAUAG